GAAAGUUGGAAACAAUGCUCUGCUUUGCCACGGCGAUUGCAUACCGGAAGAAGAAGAUGAAUUUCAGAUUUUGGUGGCUGAUCCAACUCGUCUUCGCCAUGGCCUCCGCCGGAGCUCACUCUCAGUCCACUGAAACCCUUGGCUUCCUCUCCAUCGACUGCGGCAUUGAGCCCGGUUCGUCCUACGUCGACCCCAUCGCCAACAUCUCCUACGUCUCCGAUGCCGGCUUCAUUGACACCGGCGUCAACCACAACAUCUCCGUCGCCUACGAGGGAUACUUCAGGCCCCCGCGGGUCCACACCCUCCGCGCCUUCCCCAACGGCGUCCGCAACUGCUACACCAUUGGAUCACCGGCGGUGGCCCGGGGGUCCAAGUACCUCCUUCGGGCGUGGUUCGUCUAUGGCAAUUACGACGGGCUCAGCGGCCAGCCGCAGUCCUUCGACCUCCACCUCGGCGUCAACUAUUGGGACAAGGUGAACGUGACCACCGCGGAAUCAUCCUACUGGACGGAAACCAUCACGGUGGCCACCGCCGGGUACUUGUCGGUGUGCCUGGUGAACAUCGGCAAGGGGACGCCGUUCAUCUCCGGGAUCGACUUGCGGCCGUUGAAGGACAAUCUCUACCCGGCCGCGAACGAGUGGAGGAGUUUGGUGCUGUUUGACCGGGCGAACAUGGGAGUGGAGUCUGGCUACACGAGUGCAGAUUAUUUAAUUAAUUGGGGGUAUGCUUUUGCUGAGAUACUUUGUCUGCUUACAUUGUUGAUUAUUGUUCUCUUUUUUACAGUCGAUGCCAUGACAGCAAUCAAGGAGCAGUAUCGGAUCCAGAGGAAUUGGAUGGGAGAUCCAUGUUCGCCUAAUGCUUUUGUUUGGGAUGGACUAAAUUGUACUUAUAGCUUCUCAAAUUCUCCAAGAGUCAUUGCUCUGAAUCUGUCAUCAAGUGGGUUGACUGGGGAAAUAACCAAAUAUGUUGCUAAUCUUAGUGCACUUCAAUACUUGGACUUGUCUUACAACAAUUUAACAGGGCCAAUACCUGAUGAUCUAGCAAACUUAAGUUCUCUCAAACUACUUGAUUUGACAGGCAACCUGUUAAAUGGAUCAGUUCCUUCGAACCUCCUUGAAAUGGCACAAAAUGGGUUACUUACCUUAAGACUGGAUGGGAAUCCACAUCUUUGUGACAAUGGUACAUCGUGUAAUGUGAUGCCCACACCAAAAAAGAAGAAACUAUCAACACCAGUGAUUUUGAUUCUUUGUAUAGUUCCAAUGUUAAUACUUUUUGUGGUGAUAGCGAUAGUUUGGAGGGUGAGGAAAACAGAAGGUUUGACAAGAGGCAGCUCAGUGGAUCCACAGAAUGGUUUCCCAAAGCAAGCAGAUAAUUCAUUGCGGCUUGAGAAUCGCCAAUUCACGCACAUUGAAUUACAAAACAUCACUAAUAACUUUCAAAAGAUCCUAGGCAAAGGAGGAUUCGGGUCUGUUUUCCAUGGACGUUUGGAAGAUGGUACUCAAAUUGCGGUCAAAAUGUUGUCCCAAUCAUCAUCACAAGGAACAAAAGAGUUUCUUGCUGAGGCCCAACACUUGACUAGAGUUCAUCAUCGGAAUUUAGUUUCUUUGGUUGGUUACUGCAAUGAAGUAAAUCAUUUGGCGCUUGUCUAUGAGUUUAUGUCUCAAGGAACACUACAAGAUCAUCUGCGAGGCAGGGCAAACGAUGAUAGAGCUUUAAGCUGGAGACAACGUCUUCAUAUUGCAAUUGAUGCUGCACAAGGGCUAGAGUAUUUGCACAAAGGAUGCAAACCACCAUUAGUUCAUAGAGAUGUGAAGUCAGGAAAUAUCCUUUUGAGUGAAACUCUGGAGGCUAAGAUAGCAGAUUUUGGGCUUUCGAAAGCUUUUCUAAGUGAGGUGAACAGUCAUAUAUCCACUGUAGUGAUGGGAACUCCUGGAUACCUUGAUCCUGAGUAUUACAAUACCUUCCAGCUCAGUGAGAAAAGUGAUGUGUACAGCUAUGGAGUGGUUCUUUUGGAACUGAUCACUGGGCUACCUUCAAUAGUUCCAGGUACAGAAAAUGUACUCCUAGUUCAGUGGGUACUCCAAAGGUUUUCUAGAGGAAAUAUUGAAGAUGUUGUAGAUCCCAAGCUGGAACGGGAGUAUGAUAUAAACUGUGUCUGGAAGUGCGCUGAUAUCGCAUUGAAAUGCACGACACAAAGAUCCCAACAACGGCCAACUAUGACAGAAGUUUUGAUACAACUAAAAGAGAGCUUAGAACUAGAGAACUCUCAUUAUAAUACUGGGAACACAGUCACACGUAAUGAACAUUUAUAUUCAGAAGUAAGUGAUGUGAGUCUGAAUAGUGUUCCUGAGAUUGGAGUCUCUAGAAUGCUUGAAAUUUCAGGACCAACGACAAGAUAAACAAGGAUAUGCUCGACUUUUUCCUCUUAAAACUAUAUCAUUAUGGAUAUUAAGGUUCAGAAAAGUCAUUUGCUUGAAAUUUAUUAUUGUGUAGCUGUUUACAUGAUUAUUUGUGUGAAGAAAAAUAGUAUUUGGAGUGUAGAUGACACUUUUAUUUUCUAUGGCAAAAACUAUUAUAUGUCCUAUUUCAUCUUAGAACAAGCGUCUUGUAU